UUGCUGCCGAGCCAAUACGGAAUCGCUCAUCUGGAGGAAGGUGUCUUCACGGAAAGAAAAGGAGAACCCAAGAAGCUAGGAUGGUCGAUGCAGUGGGCACCAUUACAAAGGUCAUCGAAGUUGCGCUCAAGAUCAAGAGAGCGGCAGACACGGCGAAGCAGAACGAGGAUGUAUGCAAGCAGAUAAAAGACCGCGUUGAUAUUCUCAGUAAGACGUUGUCGCAGCACAAGAACAACACGGAGCUGAUGAACAACUUGGCGGUGGCAGCCGCACUUGAGGCCCUGGACGAAACCCUUGGCGAGGCCUUGCAGCUCGUCAUGGAGUGCCAGCAGGAGACCAAAGUCGUGUGCCUUCUCUACACGGCCGGGAACCUGUCCCAGCAGUUAAUCAAGGCGGAGCAGCGCAUAUCCAGUAAGAACAUGGACGCCAUGUUUGCCAUCAUGGGCUUCCUUUUACCUAAAGAAUGUAAUCAAGACAAUUCUGAUACUGCUUCCCGGCAGCCCGGCAGACAAGGACCUUCUGAUAAAUUCCAAGACAUAAUGCAGCCACCAGAUCCGCCCAUACAUGUACCAUAUAUACUUUCUUCAGUACUAUAUAUUUUGGUAAAAAUGUUUCUUUUGGCAUCAUAUAUAGAUACAACCAGUAUAUGGAUUAUUGGGGCUAUUGCGUUCUUACCCCAACUUUAA